AUGGAGCAGGCGAACAUGAUGUCCAACGGGCUGCCAGGCCCCAGCGGCGGAAAUCCCAUGGCGAGUAUGCAGCGACCCCAAAUGGGCAAUCCUAUGCAGCAGAUCCACGCCGCCAUCAUGGACAGACUACGCGCCAGGCUCCCGUCGCUGCAGGGGAGCUGGCAGGCCACCUUCGAUGUGCGCGAGCGUGCUAACAGGAUCAUGCAACUUGUCACCGCUCUCCGCCAAAUCAACACCGACGUCAACCGCUGCAUCAACAUCGCCGAGGAAUGGGAGAAACGGGUCUUGACCCAAGUGCAGAACAAGGAGCAAUACACCGAGAAGAUGAAUGAGAAGAUGAAGGAAAUCCAGAGCCGCCGACAGCAGCAGGCGGCCACCAUGAACCUCGGCGGCGGCGGCAUGAUGCCACAAAACAUGAUGAAUAUGCAGCAUGGCAUGCAGAACAUGCAAAACAUGCAAAACAACGGCAUGGGCAAUAUGGGCUUCCCUACCGGACAGAUGAAUGGGACACCGGGGCAGAACUCGGUGUUUCCACCUCAGUUGCAGCGACAGAUGCAGCCGUCACCUUUACCCAUGCAGCCACAACAACAACAGCAGCAGCAGCCCGCGACAAUGGACCCGUCCGCGCUGCAGAUGUCAUCGCAGCAUCUCCAAAAUCAACAGCAGUCACAAGGCCUCGGUCAGGUGAACAGUCAAUCGAAUCAAUCACAAGGUUUGAACAUGGGUCAGCGGCCGCAGCCACAACAACAUCCCAUGCUACAACAAGCAGUCGAGGCCGCCAAGACCAUGUACGCCCGGAUGGACGAGAAUACUAGGAGUGCCCUACGAGAAAAGUUUGCAAAUUCACUGCCAGAAGAACAACGCGCGCUUAUGCGAAGUAAAGGCCAAGACCCGUUGCUGCGGCUGUUGGUGACACGCGCGCAGACUCAGAUGGCACAAAAGCAGCAGCAGAACAAUGGCAGUAUGAACAAUGGCAUGCAGAUGGUGAACAACCAACCCCAGAGGCCACCUUCUCAGGCCGAAGGACCGGGCAUCGACUUCUCGGGAAUUCUUGGUCAGCAGGCGAAUGCUCUCAAGCUACAAGAGUCUGGAGAGCAAGUUGUGCCGGCGAGCAACAACAACAACAACAUGGGACUUGGCAAUCAAAUGAACAUGCCUCAAAACAUCAACCCACAAAUGCUCGCGAACCAGAAUGGCGCGAAUCAAGGCCAGAACGCGAACCAGAAUGCUCAAAUGCAAUAUUAUCUUCAGCAGCGGAAUGAAGCUCAAAACAGAGAGCGCAUGCAGAAACAGCUCAUGGCACAACAACAGGCUCAGCAACAUGCCAUGGUCCGAGGACACUCACAGCUGCAAGGACAACCAGGUGGACUGCAUACACCAAACGCCUUUGCUGGGAACGCCACUGGUCAGGUCAAUUCUCCAGCUAUGUCAAUGCUAAACCGGCCAAUCGUACCACCGGGGCAAGGGACACCUGGCACGCCACAACCCAACCGACAGCAACAGCAGCAGGCCAUGCCUUCGACACCGAUGAAUGGUGUUAGCCAGCUUGCACAACAUCACCAAAGCAUGGUGAAUCAGAACAAUCCUCAACAGCAGCCAGGACCAAAUGGCCCUGCCAGCCUUCCACCACAUGUGAUGGCUUUGCUGCAGAGGGUUCCGGAACAGCAUCGUGAAAAGUUGAGCCGCAUGCCUCCUGCCCAGAUACAAGCCGUAUUGGAAAAGUUCAAGACGCCUGGAGCGGGUAACAGACCGCCCGGAAUGCCCGGCAUGCCUAACAACGCGGCACAGCAGCAGCAUCAACUGCAGCAUCAGCAACAUCAACAGCAGCAACAAUCGCAACAGGCUAAUCAGCCGAUGCCCAACAUGUUGCAGCAUCAGAUGGGCAAUGCCGUACCUGGCUUUAACUCUCAGCCCCCGCCAAACCAGGUUCAAAUGGACGGACAAGCACAAAUGCGGCGCUUGCAGCAUCAACAAAACAUGGCGCAACGAUUAAGGACCCAGCUGAUAGAGCAGAGACCUUUCCCUAGAGAACUCCUGACACAGCUCAGUAUUGCAGUGCCGCAAGGCAUAACUACCUGGGGACCCUUGAAGAAUCAUAUUGCGCAGAGCGCCAACGUCUUACCUGCUGGGACGGCUCAGAAAGUCGCCGAGUUACAGAAUCGAUGGUUUCAAGGACGCCCCCAGGAAGUCCAACAGAUCGUGGAACAAGUCAACGGCAUCAUGGCAUCUCGUAUGAUCCACCAGAAUGGGCAGACACCUUUCCCAGGUCCACAGCAGCCUAUUAAUGGUGGCCUGCAGCAAGCAAUGGCCGCCCCGGAUCGGCCAGCACCUCCAGCACAAAUGGUUCCGCCUGCGCCAAUGAUGCAGCCUCCUAAUCAAGGAGCUGCAAAUGAUGUGAACCAGGUGCCGCCCAGACCACCAUUUCCUCCGCCUGGGCCACAAGAGAUUCUGAUUUUCCGAAGCAAAGUACCGCAGGCUCAAAACAUGUCCGAUGAUCAGAUUGGCCAGUUAAUGAUCCGGCAGAAACUCGAGAAGAUGCGCCAAAUGCGACAGAACACUUCAAUGCAAGCCGGUCAAGCGCCACGUCUUCCGGGUCACAUGAAUGUAGGUCCUCAAGCUGGCAUGCCUAACGGUAACCAGCAGCGUCCUCCACAAUCUGCGCCGGGUCAAGGAGCUGCUAGCCAACAAAAGCCACCGCAACAGGCGAAUAGUGAUGUGGUCGAGUUAUCAAGCCAGCCUGUACAGCAGAACGCUGCACCAGUACCAGCGAUGCAAGGGAGCCAACCACAGCCUUCACUAUCUGGCGCUUCACGCCUGGCGGAGUCAAUGAGGAACAUGACAGAUGACCAAAAGCAGACAUACCUCCAGAAGAUGCAACGCAUGCAACAGCACCUGCAGAUGGAGAAUUUGCGAAAAGCACAAGGGCAGGCAGGUGCGGGUGGCAACCAGCAACCUCGCCCUGGUCAGUCGGUAGGCCAAUCUCAGCAACAGAGUGGUCAAUUUGGCAGCCAUGACAUGCAGACCAAGAUCCAGAGACUGUGGCAAGAAGUUACGGCUGCUACCCAUCGCGGCCCCUUCAUUCAGACCGAUCCAUCCACACAAGAGAAGAUCAAGGCAAGUCUGAAGAAGCUUUGGAAUCCACUCAAGGAUCUGAACAGGACACUCGUCGUGGCCAUGCAACUGAAUUUCGACGACGACAUGUUGAAGAAGAUCAUCCGUGCCAGAGUGAUUGUUCAACAGAACUGGGACGAAGGUAAACAGAACAUCAGAGAUGGUCAGCCUACCGUUGCACUAGAGCAGUUGUACCACACGGAGCGCUUUGUUGCUGGGUACAUGACCGAGAUCAAGAAGAGGAAAGAAGCCCUCGAUGCACAACAAGUCAAAGGACCGCCGCGCCAGCCCCAGCCGACUGCUCAGCCUGCCAAUAUGGCGCGGACUCCUUCGCAGUCGCAUGCAAGAAAGCCAUCCUCCAACAACAAAGCGCCGCCCGCACCCACGGACAACAACAAGACUUUUGAAUGGGGCGCAGCGGCGCCCAGUCCACACGGCGUUCCCAAAUAUGAGCCCAGCAGGAAUGAGCUCACUACCGACAAGCUCAAGAUUCCACCCGCGAAGAAGCGGAAGACUGAACCCAAUGGUAGCCAGGCGUCUACUCCAGCAGCGCAGGCGGGUAGUCCAGCAGCUGGUGCAGGGAUGGCUGCUCUUCCUGGCAAGGCACAGAGUCCUGAUCAAACUCGCAAAGCCCAGGCUCAAAUCAAAGCAGAGCCCGACAGGGAAGCGGAGCAAAAGAAGUUCCGCUGCACAGACACUACCUGUGAGGCGUCCCUGAAGGGGUUCGACACUGAAGAUCAGCUGAGGGACCACGAAUCAGCGCACCACCAAAAGAUCGACAAUGCGCUAGAAUUUCUGCUCGACAAUGCUGCAACCACUUUUGGAGUUGAUGUUAAUGGCAACGCCAAACAGAUGUUGGCGCCAGCCAUCACAAACAGCCCUCUCGCGGGCAAGCCUCGUUUUGCCACACCACAGACCGUCCGCAAAGAUGAGCCUAGCAAGCAAAAGUCAGAGCAGCCGCCCAAGGCCAUCUCUCAGAAUGCAAAGGACAAGGCUACGAAGAAGCCGGGCGAUGUUGAUUACAGACAAAAGGACGCGACCAAGGAUGAGAGCCUGCGCGACGGCAUGAUGCAGAAGAUGGACAUCAUGAUGCCCGCGGAAGUGACUGACCAAGAGGCCAACAACACCGACAAGGACGCCUCUGACUCCGAUUGGUUCGUGCUUGGCAACGAAUUACUGAGUUAUGGCUUCGACAUUGCUGUUGACUGGAAUCGCAUCAUCGAUACAUGCGAGGAAGGUUGGGUUGAGACGGAGCCCAUGUCUGGCCUCUACGAACUGAGGCCGGGCUGGCAAGACGCGGAUUCUUCACCUGAUCUCACUCCCAGCGAGGGCUCCCAGAGCAGCAGCAGCAGUGACAUCAGUCAGAGUGAUGCUGUUCGCUUCUGUUUGAACAUGGAAGCCUGGAAUGAUGACCUCUUCGGCGACGGCGUCACAGGUGCGCCACAAAGUCUCGUCCCGAUUUAUCAUCAGAUCAAAGGCAUGCUCAAGGAUCACGACGACAUUCCUAUGGAUGACGCCGAGGGAGAGGUGAAGGAAGGCGAGCCAUCUAAUGCUGAAGCAAAGAAGAGGAAGGCGCAGGAGAUAUUAAGUCUUCCGGUCGCUGACAUCUGGGACGAUUUCUACGCGGGAAGAUUGCCCGGGCAGCAGGGACAGUCGUGA